ACAAGUGCCCCUUUUUUUUGACAGCGACCAGCGUCCCUUGAACACCAUAUAAUCGAGCAAUAGACUAAAGCCUAUUUUUUCUCGUACCCUUGUAAUCGGCAAUCUCGUCUCAAUUGAGGUUUAUUUGCCUGUCAACUUCGGGGUUUUGAUAUCGGACUAUCUCAAGAAGUCGCUAGAUAAUUCAUGGAAGAGAUGAAACUAGAAGCAGCUCUAGAAUCGCCAGCAUUGUCCGUUAACGAAGAAGUGGUUGCAGAAGUUGCUCAACAAUUGCCUGAUGAAUUGUCCCCUAAACAAGUAGCAGAUGCUUUUGUGCUCCAGUACUACCAUAUUCUUCGUGAAUAUCCUGACCAUGUUCAUAAGUUUUACAAGGAUGCUAGCAUCAUGUCACGUCUAGGAUCUGAGGGUAUGAUGCUGUCAGCAAAUACAGUGCAAGAAAUAGAUGAUUCAAUAUUGUCCUCCACAUAUAAGGAGUGGGAACCUGAUAUGAAAUCUGUGCAUGCCCAAGAGUCCAUAUUGGGCUCGGUGAUUGUUGGAGUUACAGGAAGUUUGUCUGAUAAGUAUAAUACCAAGAGAACCUUUGCACAGACGUUCUUAUUGGUUCCUCAAGAAACUGGCGGAUUUUAUGUCCGCAAUGAUUUUAUGAUGUUUUUGGACAUGAAUGAUGAACCCACAGAAACAGUGUCAGUUUCCGAGGCAGUCCCAGCUUCUUUAACAUCUUUAUCACUCAAAGAGUCUGAUGUUCCUAGCAACGAGGAAAAGAGAAGCUCUGUGUUUGACCCAACCCCAAAGGAGGCUCUUGAAAUUCUGAAGAAAGAUGGCGCUCCUGGUAGUUUAAAGACGAAAAGUGAAAUCUUAGUCACUAAACCUGUUGAAAAUGCUCAAGAAGAUGACCCUAAGAAGAUAUCAUAUGCCUCAAUUCUGGCUAAAGAAGUUUCCUUAUCAACAUCUGCCGAUGUAUCUUCACCUCCUGUCACUGUCUUGCCAAAAGCUGCACGCAUGGCCCCUUCUAAAGCAUCAGCGCCUCCCACCAACGGUACUUCAAGCGUAAAUGGCAGCUUAAGUGCAGAAGCACCGACGGGGAUUCAUAUCAAGAAUUUAGUUCCUGACGUCACCCAGGAAGACCUUCUGAAAGCGGUCCGGAAAUAUGGCAUUGUGAAACCACGAAGUAUCCGGAUCAGAGAGUAUUCAGAGGAUGGAUAUAGGUAUGCUUUUGUGGAGUUCGAGUCUCCUAUAUCUGCCAGCAGGGCAGUAAAGGAUGGUGAAAUAUCGAUUGGGGGAAGAAAAUUUGAAGUCCAAUACAAACGGUUGCCUAAUCAAGGGGUAAACCAUGGUAAGUCCGGAACUGGUGGACACAGCAAUGACAAUUCUUGGGGGCAUGCUCUGGAAGGCUGUGGCGGAAGUAAUGAUGGUGAGUCUGGCAAAUCAAACUGGAGGAACUCAAGUCAAAACCAACGUCAUGGUGGGUCCUCUGGUGCCGCAAGGCAGAAUGGCGGUUCAAGCAUCCGUAUGUAGCAGAAGCAUGUGCUGGCCCUGUAGCUCAAGCAUGAUGAUCUAUAUUCUUCUGCAAAAUUUGUUUUGAGUUUUACAUUAGGCAUACCAUCUUUGGGAAAUGACUGAUUUGUAGCAUUUCUAGCUUAGCACAGACAUGGAAAAUGAAUCCCAAACCCCCGCCCAACAAUUGAAUUAAACACACAGCAACAGUUGCAUGCUUGUGUUGGCAUAAGAUGUGCAAGGCUUCGGAAAAAGCCUAUUUGAACUUUAAAAUUGCUAAUUGACAGCAGGUUUGUUUAAUUGGUAUUCUGAUUGAUCUUUA